GGUUGAUACAGUUAAGGAGGAUCUUUGAAUCGGGAUUCCAGUAAUGGUGCUGCCGCUACUGAAGUUAGGAACCUUGGCCUUGAAAACGUUCAGCAAACCGGUGGCUAACAGGCUCAAGAAACAGGCCGCCGUGAGUCCCAGAUUCCGGGAACUAAUCAUUAGCAUUGCCCAGGCAAACCAUCAAAUUACGACAAAAAUGCAAAGACGCAUCUAUGGUCAUGCAACUAAUGUUGAGAUUCGGCCCUUGAAUGAGACGAAAGCUGUUCAGGCUGCUGCAGAUCUUAUAGGUGAACUUUUUGUUUUCAUGGUUGCAGGAGCUGCCUUGAUCUUUGAGGUUCAAAGAAGUGCUAGAUCUGAAGCCAGAAAGGAGGAAAUGCGCAAACAAGAACUUGAAGCAAUGAGACAAAGAGAUGAAGAGUUACAAAAAGAAGUGGAACUUCUUAGACGUAAAGUUGAAGAACUGGAGCAACUUGCUAAGGGACAGGGACUUUCUGGUUUGUUCAAAUUUAAACAUACCACUGCAGACACAGCACAUUUGGCAAAAGCAGCUUGAUGUUACCAAGAGACUUAACCAAUAAGUUGUAGUUCAGCCACUUGGCCAAUAAUUUUUUUUUUUAAAUUAAAAUUAUUCUUAAAAAAUUUAAGCUAAAUUUUGAUUUUUCCCCCAGUGGAAUUUUUCUUGUAUAAACUUGGUCCACUAAAUAAACUUUUUCAUUCAUC